AUGUCGCUCAUCACCCGUUUCAUUUCAGCGGCAGCGGCCGCGUCGGCUGCGACGGCGGCUGUGCUUGAUCUGCCCAUCAUUGUGGACAACGGCUAUAAAUCGGUCGAGUUCAACAUUGGUACUCCCGCCAAGACCUACCGUCUUCUCUUUGACACGGGCAGCGCGUCGUCAUGGGCCGUAGACAGUACUUGCAAGAAGGAUUGCGCCAACGUGAGCGGAUAUGACCGCGUUGGUUAUGAUAUUAACAACUCCUCCACCGGCCGUCUGACCGGAAACUACGCCGACAUUCCUUACCUCGGAGGCCGCACCGCCGGCCCCGCGGUGGAUGAGGUGUGGUCUGCUGCCGGAUUGACCUGGAACCAGACAUUUAUCGCCGCCAACGAAUCGAACUGGGCUGGAUUGGCUGCGGAUGGCUUCAUGGGGCUUGCUUUCAGCAGCAUCAUCGACGGCGGUGCAAACACGGUCAUGGAGACGCUGAUGGCCGAGAACAAGGUCGAUGCCGCCAAGUUCGGAAUCUACUAUGGCACCGAACACAACAACACGGGGGACAAGCCGGGCGACGGAGUGCUCACGCUUGGCGGUUCCAGGGAGGCAGACUUUGUCGACGGUGACCUGGCCACGAUCCCCAUUACUCGAGUCAACGGCGGCUACGACGUAUGGCGGUCGACUAUGCUUGGAAUCAACGGUACCCGCACCGUUGCCGAUGGCAGCGUCGUCGAGUCGGAGACGGACUUUGAAUUUGGUAACGUCGUCUUCGACACGGGUGCUGGUAGCAACACCUUGCCCGCCGAGCUGAACCUGAAGGUGUACGAGUCGAUCGGGAUGAACUACACGGCCAUCCUGGAGGGCGACCACAUCCCGCUCUGCAGCGAGUUCAACUCGACGUGGUCUAUCAAGUUCAGCUUUGGCGACUACCGCAACCCGACGGUUGUAGAGAUGACUGGCGACCAGCUGCGGAGGCCUGGCUUUGCCUACAGAGAGGACGCUUGCUGGCCGCCUUUCCAAGAUGGUGAGGGACCUUCCUUCUCCUUGAUCGGCACGCCUAUCCUUCGCAACUUCUACUCGGUAUGGGACUACGGAUCGGCUGCGAAUGAAACGGACAUUCAACGUUUUGAUCCCAAGUUGUCGCUUGGUAAGCUCAAGACCAAGACCAACUAG